CCUUCUUAUUCUCUCUCUUUCUCUUCUUUUUGACAUUAAUAUCUCACAUUCAAUUUCAAUUUCAAUUUCUCGUUCUCUCUCCGCCAUGGCACCUCUCCUCCUCCGUUUUCCGAUCGCCGCCGUGAUGGUCCUCGUGGUCCUCUCCGCCACUGCCACCGCGCGUCCCUGCAGAACCUUCAUCAUCUCCUCCUACUCCAUCCGCAACCCUUCCUCCAACACCUUCGCCACCAUCACCGAGAUCCGAUCCCUCACCCCUCUCUACAUCGACCGAAAUCCCCAAGAGAUCUUCUUCGAUAGCGACAUCGGCCCGUUCCACCAACCAAAACUCGCAGAAAUCGAGCAACGCGGCGCGUCGCACCCACGCGACCCCUUAGGGUUCUCCACCGCUUACGAUUUCUCCUCCCUCCGCGACCGCACCAAGGACAUCCUCAGCGUCGCCCUCGCCUUGCUCUUCGGCGUCGGAUGCGGUGCCCUCACCGCUGCCACCAUGUACUUGGUCUGGUCCGUCUUCUCCGCCCGCCACGGUUACCGCUCCGCCGCUUACGAUGAUUUUUCCGACGAGGAGAUCGAGAGCCCCAAGAAGAUGGGGUACGUGAAGAUUCCGGCAGCGGAGGCAGCGCCACCAGCGGCAAAGGAUUCUGUAUGAGAAAUUGAGAAUAGCUUUUCAUAGUAUAACCGUGUGGUUCAUGUGGAUUGUUAAUAAUAUUAGUGGAAUUGAACAGAAAAAUGGCCAAAAGGUGCUAUCUUUUGCCCUGUAUCAGUGCUUGUAUUUUCCAUUACAUGUUUACUUUUGAAUUUGAUGUAUUUGCACUAUUUUUAGUUUCAAGUGGAAAACCCUAGUGUUGAUGAUGUUGGUUUCCUGCGUUGAUCGUUUCAAUGCUGAAGCCUUGGACUAGUGAUAUGUGGAAACUUGAUGGAACUAAUCGUAUUAUAUGUUAUAUUUGUACUCAUAAUCUUUUUGAGCUAAAUUGUCAAACUAGUUCAUGAAAGAUAUAACUUCGUUUAUGUUUGUCAUUGAAUGAUUG